AAAUGAGCCAAACAAAAACAAACUACAAUAUAAAUGUGGUGCAGCUGCAAAUGGUGGGCUGAGAAGCUGAGAGCUGAGGAAAAAGGCCUGACUGAUGCUCAAGCUGACAGCCUCUGCAGAUCUGCAGAGCUAAAGAGGUGUGGCUAGUUAAUUAAGCCUUAUAAUGAAAAUGGCAACAGAAGCUAAGGCUGGUGAUGUAUUUAAUCAGUUUCUUCUGCCUUUAAUGUCAGGGGGCAUAGCCGGCACGACUGGUGAUAUUGUGCUGUUUCCACUAGACACCAUUAAGACCAGGUUACAGAGUAAGAGAGGGUUUUUAGCCUCUGGAGGUUUCAGGAAUAUUUAUUCUGGUAUUUUACCAGCUGCUGUCAGCUCAGCUCCUUCUGCUGCAACUUUCUUUUGUACAUAUGAGAUUGUCAAGCACUUUUCUAGUCGCUAUUUGGGAUUAUCACAGUCACCAUUUGUACACAUGGCGGCUGCAUCAAUUGGAGAAAUGGUAUCUCUUCUGGUCCGUGUCCCAUUUGAAAUAGUAAAACAAAGAAUGCAAACAAACAAAAUGCUAAAGUCAUCACAGAUCAUUAGACAAACACUAGCAACUGAAGGUAUUUUAGGAUUAUAUAGGGGCUAUUGGUCAACUGUCAUCAGGGAUGUUCCUUUCUCCUUUAUACAAUAUCCACUCUGGGAGUACUUUAAACAUUGUUGGAGUGUUUCUCAAGAGUCUCCAGUGUUGCCAUGGCAAGGUGCAGUCUGUGGUGCUCUAGCUGGUAGCGUUGCUGCUUCAGUUACUACUCCAUUGGAUGUUGCUAAAACAAGAAUCAUGCUGGCAAAGAAAGACAGCAAAGAGGUUAGUAUCUCUAUCUAUCGGCUUGUACUUUCAAUAGGAAGAGAGGAAGGAAUAAGAGGGCUCUUUGCUGGUUUUACCCCGAGAGUGACUUGGAUAGGUAUUGGCGGGUUUGUGUUUCUCGGUGCUUAUGAAAAGAGCAAGUACAUUCUUUACCACUGGUACAAUGGACCUCCCAAGGCUAGCUGAUCUUGAAUAUCUUGUCCAUCCCUCUCUACCUCCCUUCAUCUGCCUCUCCCUAUCUAUGAAUGUGCAUGAAUCAACAAUAUUCAUUUUAAAAAUUCAUUAUCAAUAUUGCAAUUCAGCUAUCAAAAAUAACAAAACAGGAACAGUCUUAAUUAUCAUUCUGAUAAAAAUUACAUUAUCAUCACUCGUCGUAGCUUCAUGCCAUUAUUAAAAGAUUUACGAUUAAAAAA